UACAAUUUGCUGAUUUCUCUCUGAUAGAGAAUUUGGCACAAUAUCUCUUCAAUCUCGUCACUAAGUUAUUUCUUUUAAAUCGUGAUGGUACGUGUUACUCUUUUAGUGACCGUUCUGGCGGCUCUGUAUUACACGAGCCAGGCUUAUAACCUGGCUCAUAUCCCGGCUCAAGUUGGAAAUACGGGAUUUGAAUUGCGCAAGGAAAUCUCUGAUCAGAUACAACCAAUACUUGACCUUAUUCCUAAGGAAGUGCAAGACAAAAUUGAUUUUAAGAACAAAUUACCUUUUGAAAUUUUUGAACAACUUGUCAAUGAGGCCGAGAAAGGGAAAACGACUGCCAUAAACAUAUUCGAGAAAGCUAAAGAAAAUGCCAAGAAACUGUUCCAAGAGGGACAGAAUGUAAACCAAGUUUUCGAAAAGCUCAAGAAUGUGGAAGAAGAAAUCGUGACAAAUUAUCAGUAUGCACUGAAUAAUAAAAUUCAAAACAUUAACGAUACUCUCAUCGGGAAGUUAAUUAAGGAGGAAUUGAAGCCGAAACUGCAGGAGAAACUCGAUUCAUUUCAAGGAAAGGUAAAAGAGAAUACGGAGGUAUUAAGAAAGAAGCAAAGUGACGGUGAAUCUUAUGGCAUCGGAAUCGGAAAUAUCCUAAAGGAAGGCAAAAGUAUUGUGAACGGUGUUCAAGACAAACUGACAGGAAGCUCGAAGAAGAUUAUGGAUGAUGCCAAUGAGAUCAUCGAGAAAUUUAAAGAAAAUCUGGACGAAAUCCUGAAGAAGAGUGAUAAAGUGAAAGAGUUGAAAAACAUUCUCGAUAAAUCCUUUGACGAAUUAAAAGAAGCAAUAAAGAACGAUGAGGCCGGUAAGGUAAAGAGAUCGGUCAGCGAUGUUAUAAGGGAUAAACAACAGGCAGGAGGACUCUUGGACAUGACCAACAACCUCUGGAAGGAAAUAAAAAACGGAGCGAAGAAUAUCGGAGACAAUAGAAUAGAUUCUAUUAAGAAUGCCUUAGAUAACAUAAAAAAGUUGCUGGAUGACGAAUUGGCAGCAGAAAAGGAGACGAAAGGAGAUGUUAAAGAAAAUACUGAAGAAGCAAUAAAGAAUGUCAAAGAUGAGACCGGUAAGGUAAAGAGAUCGGUCAGCGAUAUUAUAAGAAAUAAACAACAGGCAGGAGGACUCUUGGACAUGACCAACAACCUCUGGAAGGAAAUAAAAAACGGAGCGAAGAAUAUCGGAGACAAUAGAAUAGAUUCUAUUAAGAAUGCCUUAGAUAACAUAAAAAAGUUGCUGGAUGACGAAUUGGCAGCAGAAAAGGAGACGAAAGAAGAUGUUAAAGAAAAUACUGAAGAAGCAAUAAAGAAUGUCAAAGAUGAGACCGGUAAGGUAAAGAGAUCGGUCAGCGAUAUUAUAAGAAAUAAACAACAGGCAGGAGGACUCUUGGACAUGACCAACAACCUCUGGAAGGAAAUAAAAAACGGAGCGAAGAAUAUCGGAGACAAUAGAAUAGAUUCUAUUAAGAAUGCCUUAGAUAACAUAAAAAAGUUGCUGGAUGACGAAUUGGCAGCAGAAAAGGAGACGAAAGAAGAUGUUAAAGAAAAUACUGAAGAAGCAAUAAAGAAUGUCAAAGAUGAGACCGGUAAGGUAAAGAGAUCGGUCAGCGAUGUUAUAAGGGAUAAACAACAGGCAGGAGGACUCUUGGACAUGACCAACAACCUCUGGAAGGAAAUAAAAAACGGAGCGAAGAAUAUCGGAGACAAUAGAAUAGAUUCUAUUAAGAAUGCCUUAGAUAACAUAAAAAAGUUGCUGGAUGACGAAUUGGCAGCAGAAAAGGAGACGAAAGGAGAUGUUAAAGAAAAUACUGAAGAAGCAAUAAAGAAUGUCAAAGAUGAGACCGGUAAGGUAAAGAGAUCGGUCAGCGAUAUUAUAAGAAAUAAACAACAGGCAGGAGGACUCUUGGACAUGACCAACAACCUCUGGAAGGAAAUAAAAAACGGAGCGAAGAAUAUCGGAGACAAUAGAAUAGAUUCUAUUAAGAAUGCCUUAGAUAACAUAAAAAAGUUGCUGGAUGACGAAUUGGCAGCAGAAAAGGAGACGAAAGAAGAUGUUAAAGAAAAUACUGAAGAAGCAAUAAAGAAUGUCAAAGAUGAGACCGGUAAGGUAAAGAGAUCGGUCAGCGAUAUUAUAAGAAAUAAACAACAGGCAGGAGGACUCUUGGACAUGACCAACAACCUCUGGAAGGAAAUAAAAAACGGAGCGAAGAAUAUCGGAGACAAUAGAAUAGAUUCUAUUAAGAAUGCCUUAGAUAACAUAAAAAAGUUGCUGGAUGACGAAUUGGCAGCAGAAAAGGAGACGAAAGAAGAUGUUAAAGAAAAUACUGAAGAAGAUACUGAAAAAGAUACUGAAGAAGAUACUGCAGACGAUACUGAAAAUUAA